GCAGACGUAGCCAUAACUUGAAUAUGUUUUCGGAGAUUCUAUUACUUUUGACCACUUUGGUGGCGGUUUUUUAUUUUUGGCAGAAAUGGAACUAUGGUUUCUGGGAACGUCAUGGUGUAAAGCAUUCAAAGCCAGUGCCAAUUUUUGGUAAUUUAUCUAGAUUACUAACUGGCAAGACACCAUUCUAUAUGGAAUUGAGUGACCUGCACAAUAAACCGGAAUUUGAAAAGGAAGCUUUAAUUGGAAUGUAUUUGCCAACUCGUCCGGCUUUGCUUAUACGUGAUUUGGAGCUGAUCAAGACGGUGAUGAUUAAGAAAUUUAACUAUUUCUCCAAUCGUGCCAUGUCAACUGAUCCCCAUAAUGAUCCCCUGGGUUAUAAUAAUCUGUUCUUUGUCCGUAAUCCGGAUUGGAAAGAUCUACGUGCUAAGAUCUCUCCUGUCUUUACCAGUGGCAAGAUCAAGCAAAUGUAUCCUCUGAUGGUGGAGAUUGCCAAAGAUUUGGAAACCAAUCUGUCCAAACGUUCAGAGAGCUCUGUUCUGGCCAUUAAGGAUCUUUGUGCUCGCUUUACCACCGAUUUAAUAGCAACCAUAGCCUUUGGCCUUAAGGCCAAUUCAUUAAACCAAUUGGAUAGUGAAUUCUUUAAAUCGAACCAAGCCAUCUUUGCCCCAAACUUGGGACGUGCCUUUGACUUUACCAUAAUCUUUACAUUGCCAGCUUUGGCCACUCUGGCACGAGUCAAGGUCUUUUCGAAGAAAACCUCCGAGUUUAUACGUAACAGCAUCAACUAUGUUUUGUCUGAACGUGAAAAAUCGGGUGCCAGACGUAACGAUCUAAUUGAUAUACUUUUGGCCAUGAAGAAGGAGGCUGCAGCCCAUCCGGAUAAACCGAAUAGAGCCAAGGAAAUGGACUAUUUGGUAGCUCAAGCUGCCAUUUUUCAAACUGCAGGCUAUGAGACAAGUUCAUCGACCAUGACUCUGACCCUUUACGAGUUGGCCAAGAAUGAGGAACUCCAGGAUCGUCUGCGUGCCGAAAUUACAGACUAUUUCGGUGAUGAGGAUCAUGUGGACUAUGACAAGAUACAGGAAAUGCCUUACCUAACAAAAGUGGUGAAUGAAACUCUACGCAAAUAUCCCAUUGUCGGCUAUGCCGAGCGAGAAUGCACUCAACCAGCCGAGGGAGAACGUUUCUCAUUGAAAUCCUAUGGCUAUGAUAUGGAAGUGCCCAACGGAAUGCCUGUCUAUGUGGCUGUUUUGGCCAUUCAACGUGAUCCUCAGUACUGGCCCGAUCCUGACAAAUUCGAUCCUGAGCGUUUUGAUCCUGCUAAUCGUCACAAUUUGAAUAUGGAUGCCUAUAUGCCCUUUGGCAUUGGUCCUCACAAUUGUAUUGGCAUGCGUUUGGGCCUUUUGCAAACCAAAUUGGGUCUAGUUCACUUGUUACGCAAUCAUCGUGUGCUUACCUGCGAUAAGACUGUUAAGAAUAUAGUUUUUGCCCCAAAGUGUCCUGUUAUUUUGUCCAAGGAUGAAAUUAAUUUGCAAUUACAACCGCCGUUCUAUGAGCAAUUGAGUGAGCUUCAUAAUGAACAGGGCUUUGAGAAGGAACCCCUCAUAGGCAUCUAUAGGGCACAUCGUCCCUCUCUCUUGAUACGUGAUCUGGAACUGAUCAAGACGGUGAUGAUUAAGAAGUUUAAUUACUUCUCGGAUCGUGCUUUACAAACUGAUCCUCACAAUGAUACAUUGGGCUAUAAUAAUUUAUUCUUUAUACGUAAUCCUGAUUGGAGAGAACUUCGGGCAAAACUUUCGCCAGUUUUUACCAGUGGCAAGAUGAAACAAAUGUAUCCUUUGAUGGUGGAGGUAGCCAAAGAUCUGGAGACAAAUUUAUCGAGUCGUCAAAAUGGCUCCGAAUUAUCAAUUAAGGAUCUGUGUGCUCGUUUUACUACCGAUCUCAUAGCGACCAUUGCCUUUGGCGUCAAGGCGAAUUCAUUGACAACCUCGACUAGUGAAUUCUAUGCAGCGAAUCAGGCCAUUUUCGAAUUAUCCUUGGGGCGUGCCUUUGACUUUGCCAUCAUCCUAGUAUUGCCAGCAUUGGCCACUUUGGCCCGCACCAAAGUCUUUUCAAAGAAAACCACAAAGUUUAUAUCGGAAAGUAUCAACUAUGUUCUGGCUGAACGCGAAAGAACGGGUGUCAAACGUAACGAUCUAAUUGACACACUUUUGGCCAUGAAAAGGGAGGCUGCCCUCCAUCCAGAUAAGCCAAAUAGAGCCCGUGACAUUGACUACUUGGUGGCACAAGCGGCAGUCUUUCAAUUAGCUGGCUACGAGACGAGUUCAUCAACCAUGACUAUGGCCUUUUACGAAUUGUCUUUGAAUGAAGAAAUUCAGGAUCGUUUACGUCAAGAGAUCUCGGACUAUUUUGGGGAGGAGGAUCUUGUGGAGUAUGAGAAAAUACAGGAAAUGCCUUACCUAACCAAAGUGAUAAAUGAGACUAUACGCAAAUAUCCUGUGGUUCCGUACGUUGAACGCGAAUGCACUCAGCCAGCUCAAGGAGAGCGUUUCAAUCUGAAACCCCACUACGAUUUGGAAGUGCCCAAUGGAAUGCCUGUCUAUGUGUCUCUUCUGGCCAUUCAUCGUGAUCCACAGUAUUGGCCUCAACCCGAAAUAUUCGAUCCUGAGCGUUUCGAUCCUGCUAAUCGUCACAAUUUGAAUAUGGAUGCCUAUAUGCCCUUUGGCAUUGGUCCUCACAAUUGCAUUGGCAUGCGUUUGGGUCUUUUACAAUCCAAAUUGGGUCUUGUUCAUUUGCUUCGAAAUCAUCGGAUUUUUGUGUCCAACGCUAGAGGAAGGCAAACCAUGUUAGCGGAAACUUUAAUACUUUUAGCCACUUUGGCCACAAUUUUCUACAUUUGGCAGAAAUGGAAUUACUCUUACUGGGAGCGUCAUGGAGUGAAAUAUAUCAAACCAGUGCCCAUUUUGGGUAAUAUGGUUAAUCUCUUCAAGGGAAAAGUUCCUUUUUACCUGCAAGUGAGUGAACUGCACAAGGAACCAGGUUUCGAGAAGGAACCUUUAGUUGGCAUUUAUUUGGCACAUCGACCUGCUCUACUUAUCAGAGAUUUGGAACUGAUCAAGACGGUGAUGAUUAAGAAGUUCAAUUACUUUGCCAAUAGAGCCUUAUCUACCGAUCCACACAAUGACCAAUUGGGUUAUAAUAAUUUGUUCUUUGUACGUAAUCCUGAUUGGAAAGAUCUUCGAGCGAAACUUUCCCCUGUCUUCACCAGUGGCAAGAUGAAGCAAAUGUAUCCAUUGAUGAUAGAGAUAGCCAAAGACUUGGAAACAAAUUUGUCUGAACGUUCUACCGGCUCUGUUUUACCUAUCAAGAAUAUUUGUGCUCGUUUUACUACCGAUUUGAUAGCGACUAUUGCCUUUGGUCUUAAAGCAAAUUCCUUGACUGCUCCUAAAAGUGUCUUUGCCAUUAUCUUUGUAUUGCCAGCCUUGGCAACUUUGGCUCGAGUUAAGGUCUUCUCAAAAAAAACCUCAGAGUUCAUUCGUCAUAGUAUCAACUACGUUUUGGCUGAACGUGAAAAAUCGGGAGUGAAACGUAACGAUUUGAUUGACAUCCUUUUGGCCAUGAAGAAAGAGGCUGCCGAAAAUCCAGAUAAACCAAAUAGAGCCCAUGAUAUCGACUAUUUGGUAGCCCAAGCGGCUGUUUUCCAAACAGCUGGCUAUGAGACAAGUUCAUCGACCAUGGCUUUGGCCCUCUACGAGUUGGCCAGGAAUGAAGAAGCACAGAAUCGUUUGCGGGCAGAGAUCUCGGACUAUUUCGGUGAUGAGGAUCACAUCAGCUAUGAGAGAAUACAGGAAAUGCCCUAUCUAAGCAAAGUGGUAAAUGAAACAUUGAGAUUGUAUCCCAUUGUGGGUUACGCUGAGAGGGAAUGCAUUCAGCCUGCACAAGGAGAACGUUUCAAUCUGAAACCCCACUACGAUUUGGAAGUGCCCAAUGGAAUGCCUGUCUAUAUAGGCGUUUUGGCCAUUCAGCGUGAUCCUCAGUACUGGCCUGAUCCUGACAAAUUCGAUCCUGAGCGUUUCGAUCCUACUAAUCGCCACAAUUUGAAUAUGGAUGCGUAUAUGCCCUUUGGAAUUGGUCCUCGGAAUUGUAUUGGGAUGCGUUUGGGUCUCCUGCAAUCGAAAUUGGGUCUUGUCCAUUUGUUACGUCAUUAUCGAGUUCAAACCUGUGAUAGGACUGUCAAAUCAAUCGUUUAUGCUCCACUUUCGCCAGCUCUGCAAUCUAAAGAUGAAAUUUAUUUGAAAUUGGAACGGGUUUAGUUAUUUAUUGCAAUU